AUGUUCAGCCGAAUUGCUCCCCUAGCCAAGACCUUGACCAGGCCAGUCAUGAGACCUGCCACCAGAAGCAUGGUCACCAUUCAAGAAGCCAUGACCGCCGAAGAUGCCAGAAAGAUCUCGUGCUACUCUGGAUUCGACUACUCCAUCAAGGAGGAUUCCAUGGUCAUCGACGCUGUCCAAAAGUUUGCUGCCUUCAAGGUUGGAUGCCUCGUCUGUGUUGACGACGCCGGCAAUCUUACCGGUGUCAUCAGUGAGAGAGACUACAUCACAAAGAUUGCUCUCCUCGGCCGAAAAUCUAGUGAGACAGCCGUCAAGGAAAUUGCUACUAUGUCUGCCAAGUUGAUCACUGCCAACGUCGGCGAUUCCGUUGAAGCUUGCAUGGAGAAAAUGUUGGCUGGCGAUAUCCGUCACUUGCCUCUUGUCAACGACAGUGGCGAUUUGGAGGGAAUGAUCUCUAUCAAGGAUUUGGUCAAGACCACGGUUAUGGAGAAGGACGAGACAAUCAAGGUUCUCUCGAACUUUGCUUUGGGUAAGGGCGGACAUUUCGGAUCGGAGUAA